GAAAGUUACACAACAGUUUAUAAGGUAGAUGUGUCGCACUGUUCGCAGGUUAUGCGUGGGGUCCCAGUGUCCGGCUGAACUGCAGGGAGGAUGGCGAUCGAUAUGGAGCCCAUAAAGAAAGAUGCGAAGAGCAACCCGUCCGCCACGGCUAAUCUCUUCUCACAGAUCUUUUUCUGCUGGCUGAACCCUCUUUUCCGUAUCGGAUCCAAGAGAAGACUUGAAGAAGAUGACAUGUAUAAAGUGCUUCCGGAGGAUGGGUCCAAGAGACUCGGGGAGGAACUGCAGAGCUACUGGGACCAUGAAGUGGAAGAAGCAACCAAAGAACUCAGGACACCCAAACUCACCAAAGCCAUUAUCAGGUGCUACUGGAGAUCAUAUGCAGUACUGGGAGUGUUCACGCUUAUAGAGGAGGUGAUUAAAGUGAUUCAACCAGUGUUUUUGGGAAAACUCAUUCAGUAUUUUGAGAGAAAUGAGCCCGAUAACAUGGCAGCGUUGUAUGAAGCUUAUGGAUAUGCAGCAGGCGUCUCUCUCUCCACUCUGGGUCUGGCGUUACUCCACCACCUCUACUUUUACCACGUCCAAAGAGCUGGAAUGAAAAUCCGCAUUGCAAUGUGUCACAUGAUCUACAGAAAGGCACUGUGCCUUAGUGCCACAGCUAUGGGCCAGACAACUACUGGGCAGAUUGUUAACCUUUUGUCGAAUGACGUCAGCAAGUUCGAUGAGGUGACUAUUUUUCUGCACUUCCUGUGGGUGGGGCCUCUGCAAGCCGCAGCUGUGAUUGGUCUGCUUUGGCAAGAGAUUGGAGCAUCAUGCCUUGCGGGCAUGGCAGUUUUAAUCUUUCUUAUGCCACUUCAGACCAUGUUUGGGAAGCUGUUUUCAAAGUACAGGUACAAUCUCAGGAUUACUCUGAAAAAACAAAAUGGAUCAGGGAAAAGCAAUCAUAAGAAGAAGGAGAUCUCAAAAAUCAUGAGCAGCUCUUACCUCCGAGGACUGAACAUGGCCUCGUUCUUUACGGCGAAUAAAAUCAUCCUGUUUGUGACGUUCACUGUGUAUGUUCUGGUGGGCAACAAAAUCUCCGCCAGCCGUGUGUUUGUGGCCGUGUCGCUGUACAGCGCCGUCCGCCUAACCGUUACUCUGUUCUUCCCUGCUGCUAUCGAGAAAGUGUCCGAGUCUGCCAUCAGCAUCCGGAGGAUCAAGAAGUUCCUCUUGCUCGACGAGCUUGUGAAAUCCCACGUUCCACUUACUCAGGAGGAUAAGAAAGAGGCGUCUGUGGAGAUACAGGAUCUCAUAUGCUACUGGGACAAGACUCUGGAUGCGCCAACUUUACAAAAUGUGUCUUUUAAUGUGAAGCCAGGUCAACUUCUGGCGGUUAUUGGUCCUGUGGGGGCGGGAAAGUCUUCUCUCCUCAGCACUGUUCUGGGGGAGCUCCCAGCAGAAAAGGGUGUGAUAAAGGUCAAAGGUGAGCUGACGUACGCCUCCCAGCAGCCUUGGGUUUUUCCAGGAACCAUUCGGAGCAACAUACUGUUCGGAAAGGAGCUGCAGCCCCAGCGAUAUGAGAGCGUCCUCAGAGCCUGUGCGCUCAAAAGGGACAUGGAGCUGCUUCCUGAUGGGGAUUUGACUGUGAUCGGAGACAGAGGAGCAACCCUCAGUGGCGGACAGAAAGCUAGAGUCAACCUGGCUAGGGCUGUGUAUCAGGAUGCUGAUAUUUACCUUUUGGAUGAUCCAUUGAGCGCAGUGGAUGCAGAAGUGGGUAGACACCUGUUUGAACAGUGUAUUUGUGGUAUUCUGAAGGAAAAGCCUACGAUCUUGGUUACUCACCAGCUGCAGUACCUGAAGGCUGCAGAUCAGAUCCUGGUUUUGAAGGAGGGACACAUGGUGGCACGUGGCACAUACUCCGAGCUGCAGCGAUCGGGAGUGGAUUUCACCUCUCUGCUGAAGAAGGACGUGGAAGAGGAAGGUGAAAAGGGAGAGGCUCCUCGCUCCCCCCGCAGCCGCACCCUCUCCCAGAACUCCGUCCGUUCUCACUCUUCAUCUGUUCUGUCUGUUAAAGAUGAGUCCGAUCAGCUGCCGGUGGAGCCUGUGCAUACCAUGACCGAGGAGACGCGCACUGAGGGGACCAUCGGCCUUCGCAUGUACUGGAAAUAUUUCAGAGCUGGAGCCAACGUCAUUAUGCUGAUUUCGUUUGUUCUCCUCAACUUGCUGGCACAGGCUUUUUAUAUUCUUCAUGACUGGUGGCUUUCAUACUGGGCCACAGAGCAGGAGAAGCUGGACUUUCAUUCCUCGUACACCAAUUCUUCCAACGGCACAAAUGGCACUAUCAGCACUAACACGACUCAAGAGCUCAACCUGAAUUUCUAUCUUGGCAUCUAUGCAGGCUUAACAGGAGCCACCAUCAUCUUUGGCUUCAUGCGCAGUCUGUUUAUGUUUAACGCUCUGGUGAGCUCAGCAGAGACGUUACACAACCGCAUGUUCAACAGCAUCCUGAGAACCCCGGUCCGCUUCUUUGACAUCAACCCCAUUGGAAGAAUCCUCAACCGGUUCUCCAAAGACAUCGGCCACCUUGAUUCCUUACUUCCGUGGACAUUUGUGGAUUUUAUCCAGGUGUUUCUGCAAAUCAUUGGAGUCAUUGCUGUGGCGUCUUCUGUCAUCCCUUGGAUUCUGAUUCCUGUUCUUCCUCUGUUGAUCAGCUUCCUGUUUCUACGCCGCUACUUCCUGCGGACAUCACGAGACGUCAAGCGGAUUGAAUCCACUUCUCGAAGUCCUGUAUUCUCCCAUCUGUCAUCCUCACUGCAAGGCCUCUGCACCAUUCGUGCCUUUAAAGCUGAGGAAAGGUUUCAGCAAACGUUUGAUGCUCAUCAAGAUCUGCACUCGGAGGCCUGGUUCCUGUUCUUGACCACUUCACGCUGGUUUGCAGUGCGUUUGGAUGGAAUGUGUUCGGUGUUUGUGACCAUCACAGCCUUCGGAUGUCUUCUUUUUAAAGACAGUAUGAAGGCGGGAGAUGUGGGAUUGGCUUUGUCUUAUGCAGUCACCUUAAUGGGAAUGUUCCAGUGGGGCGUUAGACAGAGUGCUGAGGUGGAGAACAUGAUGACAUCAGUGGAGAGAGUCGUCGAAUACACAGAGCUAGAAAGUGAAGCACCUUGGGAAACCCCAAAACGCCCCCCUCCCGAUUGGCCAAACCGGGGUCUGAUAACCUUUGACAGGGUCAACUUCUCCUACAGUUCUGAUGGACCUGUCGUCCUCAAGAACAUCUCGGCCAUGUUCAGACCCAGAGAGAAGGUUGGAAUCGUUGGGCGGACCGGUGCAGGAAAAAGCUCCCUGAUUUCAGCACUGUUCCGACUGAUGGAGCCAGAGGGUAAAAUCAUUGUGGACAGAGUCUUGACCUCCGAGAUCGGCCUGCAUGACCUCCGCCAGAAGAUGUCGAUCAUCCCGCAGGACCCCGUGCUGUUCACAGGAACCAUGAGGAAGAACCUGGACCCCUUCAGCCAGCACUCAGACCGUGACUUAUGGAAUGCUCUGGAAGAGGUCCAGCUGAAGGCUGCUGUGGAGGAGUUGCCUAAUAAACUGGAGACCGAACUGGCCGAGUCCGGAUCAAACUUCAGCAUGGGUCAGCGGCAGCUCGUCUGUCUAGCUCGGGCCAUUCUGAGGAAGAACCGGAUUCUCAUUAUUGAUGAGGCCACUGCAAAUGUGGACCCUCGGACGGACGAGCUGAUCCAGAAAACCAUCCGUGACAAGUUUAAGGAGUGCACCGUCCUCACCAUCGCACACAGACUCAACACCAUCAUAGACAGCGACCGCAUCCUGGUUCUGGAUGAAGGUCGAAUCCACGAGUACGACGCCCCCCAUGUUCUCCUACAGAACCAGAACGGGAUCUUCUACAAGAUGGUGCAGCAGACGGGAAAGGCGGAAGCGGCCUCGCUGCUGCGGACCGCCAAACAGGCGUACAUGAACCGCAGUCCAGUCCACCAGCUCAACGGCUUCGCCACCACAGGAGAUGGCAGCUUGAUUAUUUUCGAGACUGCUUUAUAAAAGCCCGUGAAGUGCCUGAUGUACACAGUGCACAGCUACGCCCAGCAUCCUCCUCCUGCGGAGGGCAACGGGCACAAGUUCUGCCUCCUUGCCCAAAACACCAGGCUGAGCGGAGCCAGAGACACGUGUAUGCGCUCAACACUCAACGCUCACGCCAGAGAGGACAGAGCUGCAAUCACUCCAGAGGACUGCAUACACCAGCGUUCUGAUUUCUCCAGUAUGAUGGCGAUAGGCUAGAGAUCGUGCACCACUGUAUAUUAUGAUUGUGCCUUAAUGUGUAAGUGUAGUCCAGGACUGCUAGGGGCCAAAGAAAUAGCUUGCCUUUGCUCAAAUAAAAUACUAUGCUAUGAGCUAGACUAAUGUAGUUUUCCCAGUGCCUUUAUACUACAUGAACCAUAAUGGCUGCUGAUUCUUACAGCAACAGUAAGGUCUUAUAAAUAUUAAGACAAUAUUGUACUGAGAGGGCUCUAAAAAGUCAGCAAAAACAGUUUUUAUUUAUUUAUUAUUAUUUGUGAUUCUGACACUUCAUCUGCCUUAAUCACUUUUCAGAGACAGCUAGUAGAAAAAAAAAUUGCUGGAUAACAAUCAUUCUGUAAUGCUGCAAAAACGGCAAAGACAUCUUGUGCAAAAGUCUUGUGCAAUACAAACUUUACUUUUGUGUCUAAUGUGGCCGUUAAAUGUAACGCUGUCCCUGAUUUCCUUGAACUUUUAGAAAAAUUAUUAUUUUUAUGAGUGUAACACCAGCAGCUUUUCUCUGCUGCUCAUUGUCUUGUAUUUUUUUGAAUGCUUCCGUCUUUAUGGUUUGAUAUUUGGUUUAUGGAGAGG